UCAAGGUAAAAGGAAAGAGAAAAGACUAGGUGUGUGAAGUCAGCAGGACGACCUGAGCUACCCAGCAGACAUCCCCAGACCCCUUGCCAAGACAGACCUCGUUCUCAGUCAACUUGUGUACAAGAUGAGCCAAUUCUCAGUUCUGGUUAUGCUGGCAGUUCUCUGUGCAUUCUUCGUGGGAAUUGAAGCAAAUCCAUUUGUUUACAACUAUGAGAGACUACGAAUUGGAGGCCUGAUCAUUGCAGGCUUGCUUGUAGCAGGUGGAUUGUUCGUCCUACUUAAUCCCAAAUGCACUAGAAAGAACAAAAAAUCUGAAGAUGACACAAGUGAACUCUAAGCAUCUCUGAUGGAAUCUGACUAACUGGUUGCUGUUGUUCUAAUGAUGAAGAUUCGGGGGUGGGAAUGGGGCAGGGUUCUGGCCAUGACAAUGUAAUGACACCUGAAUGGAUGUGAAAGUGGAUGGAGGGUGGACCACAAUGCAUCUAUUUACUGUUUUGUUUCUUUAUUGGCAAAAAGAAAUGGGUUUAUUUUAAGGUGUUUUACGGUGGUAGUUAGAUGUAUGAAUGAACAACUGAAAUACAUUUAAUUUAGCUAUAGGCUCUAGGCAUUAUGGUCAAACAGAGUUGUAUUGAGCUAAAACGAUUAGCCUUCAAUUGUUUGUGUAAAUUCUUAUUAAUGAAAAGCCAAAUAAAUACCAUGGAACAGCAUUGUUAGAAAUAAACAACAUGUUAAACUGUUUGUGUUCAGAGAUGUGCACUGAGCAUGCUCUCACGAUACAAUAUGUAACCAAAGCAGGUACUGUACACAACUAUUUUGAAUAUAAUGAUGUGAUAAUGUUCGAGUUGGUAUCUGCCAUAUCACCGUUUUUACAUAGACUAAUGAUAUAGGCUAAUGAUUUGUUAUAGCAACAACAGGUCAUUGAAAGCAACCAAUGACAAACAAAGAAUAAAAUCCUCCUCCUAUCCAACGCAUGCAACUUCAAUUUAAACUCAGCCUAUUUUCAAGCUGAGCAAACCUGUUGAGCCUCAGUGAAAAAAGGGUGUUGGCGUCUGUCUGAUUUAAGAGUACGUUCGUCUAUUGUGUGUCGCUCCAUGCCCGACAUUUCCUGGUUUUCCCCCCUACACACAUCUCCAUUUGGGUUUAACGCGUGUCGGAGGUGAAAGAGAGUUUGAAGAUGGCGAAUAUCUCUGCUUUGCUUUUAUUGACAUUUGCGUCCCUUGUGUUCGCAGAGGAGCAGAAAGAAAUGGAGGAGGAGGAUCCAUUUACCUUUGAUUAUCACAGGCUACGUGUUGGGGGGUUGAUCCUGGCAGCAGUUCUGUGUCUGAUCGGCAUCACCAUCCUCUUCAGUGGACACUGCAGAUGCAAGUUCAACCAGGACAAAAGGAGGAGGUCAGGAAGCAACGCUGCCCAGCCACUCAACGACCAAGCUCGGGCCAGUGAGUGCUAGGAACCAAAUGCCCACCUGGCAGCAGGUCAAAUCGACUUCCUGGUUCUGCAUCAAUCAAGAGAUAAAAAUUGAUGGGUGGAGUUGGCCUGUUUUUUGUCUGAUGGAGGUUGUUUUUUAGAGAGUGGUGCUGUCUUCCCCAGAGGGAGGUGGUACUGUGCCAUUGGAGAUCAGAGGUGUGCUGCUUUUACCUGUGUUGCUGUUCUCCCUUCCGCCCAUUACUCCUGUUUCUGCUCCGCCCAAUAUUCACACUGUAACUCGCCACCAGUAGGCACACACAGACAGACAAAGCAGGACACAAGUUUUUCCCUCAUGUUCUUUGUAUUUAAACAAAUAACCAAAAGAUGCUGUGUGUCGAUUCACUCAUUAUUUCAUUGUAAUGUUUUUCACCUCUAGUGACUCCAACUGUAUGUGGAAAUUAUGUGGUAGAUUUGACUGUUGGUGUGCGUUUUGAAUUCCCAUACUGUCCCCUAAUAAUCUUUCAUGCAUAUACUUUACUGUAAAAUAGGUACCGGUAGCCAUAAACUAUUAUAAUGUCAAUAACUAUUCACACACCUUUAUCUUGAUCAUUCCUAUAUUAACUUUUUAGUUGAAUGUAGAAAAGUGCACUGGUCUAUGCAGUAGAAUCUGUUGUAUGAUAAAUGCAAUGUUUUUUAAUAAUACAGAAUGUUAAAAUGUUAAAAUUAUUUCAAUAAGCGGAUGAUAUAGUCUUGUUUGAGAGUGUUUGCCACCAAAACAAAAUGCAUGUUAUUUUAGUUUGCUAGAUACCACUCAAACAAUUACAGUCCCUGAAGAGGGUUUUCUCCCCAAUUGGCUUUUAAUGAGUCACGUCUAAAUUGAGAUGUCUCUUGCCAAAUGAAUAGAUGGUGUCUAUGUUUGUAAUUCAAAUUAAAAGAGUUACCUUUUAUGAUUGUGUCCAAUGUUACAGUACAUUAUACUAAUAUAUGCUGGAUCUCAAAAAUAAAAUAAGUCUCUGAUAGGCUCCUCAAUUGUAAA